AUGGAGGAGGAAGCGGACUCUCCGCUCCUACGCUUUCUGAUCGACCUUCUCAAGCCCAUAUCGGAGGCGGAUCCGGCGCUGCUGGCGAACUACGUGGUGGCGCUGCUGAAGAACAGCAAGCCGCACGACGAGCUGCGCCGCCUCUGCCUCGACCAGCUCCAGGACUUCCUCACCGACGAAACGGAGGGUUUUGUAGCGAAGCUGUUCGACGCCCUCGAGCGGGGGGAGAUCUCGCUAGAAGACGCGGAGGAGGAGAACGCGGGGAAAGACGACGACGAGGACAAGAAGCGCAGUCGCGGCGAUGACGCGGAACCCGCGGAGGCGAAUGAGUUUGGGAGAGACGGGGGACGAGGCGGAGGGAGGAGCGGAGGCAGGCGGGGAGAUGGCGGGCAACGGGUUGCGGAUGAGGAGGGGGGUAGGGGAAGAGGGGGAAAGAAAAGUGGCACGUCGCGAGAGAUGGGGGUAAGAGAUAGGGCUUCGGGGGAUGGGGAGAAGGAGCGGGACGAAGAUAAGGGUAAAGGCGGGGAGAGGGGCGAGAAGGAACCUUAUCCCGCGGCUGAAGCGGAGGCGGAAGAGAGGGCGGAAGCAGGCGGGGAGGAGCGGGAGGAGGAGGAGGAAGGGCGGCGGAAGCGGCACGAGGAGGACGAAUCAAGCGACGAUGACGACGAUAGGAACCACAAGCACAGGCGCAGAGGCGGCGAGCGCACGUUCCGCGACGAGGGCGCGGCGGGAGAAGGAUCGCGCAGCAGAGAUCCCGCGGAAGGGCGCGGCAGCGUGCACUCGCGCCUAGAAGGCGCGCGGGAUAGAAGAGGAGGUGACUUCAGCGGGGGUGGCGCAGGCAGGUCUUUUCGCAGCCGUGACGGUCCUCGUUCCUUCAGGCCGGGGGAUGGGGGCGGCAUGGGCGGAAGGGGAGGGCCCAUGGGGCGGGAUUUUCCCCGCGUGGGGGGACCUGGUCCGGGGCAGCCGAUUUUAGGCCCGCAGAUGGGCAUGUCGCGGUUCCCCAUGGGGGGAAUGCCAGGGGGAAUGGGGGGGCGCGCGGGCCUCCUCAGGGGCAUGCCUGGGCGCUUUGAUGGGGGCCCGGGGAGGGGUAUGGGGGGGGAGCAGUGGGGCAUGGGGGGAGCAGCGGGCGCAAUGCCUGGUAUGUUACCCGGCCGGGUCGGGCCUGGGAUCCCUCCCCCCGGCCUCCCUGGUGGGCCAAUGCCUGGCGCGGGGAAUGCAGGGGCAGGCCCGGGCAUGGGGAACGGCAUGGGGGGGGGCAUGGGGAGGGGGUUUUUCCCCGGGAGGGGAGGGGGAGGGGGUCCGGGGCUUAUCAGACCAGGGUUUGGCGCAGGGGGACCGGGGUUUGGAAUGUUUUCAGGGGGCGGGGGCGGGGGAGGGAUGCCGGGAAUGGGCGGGGGAAGGAUGGGCGCAGGCGGAGGGGGAAGGGGCGGGAGGGGAGCAGGCGAGGAAGGGGGUGCGGGAAUGGCGGGCGGAGGGGGAGCAGGUUCGGGGGGGCCCACGGGGAAGCGCGCGCGGUGCCCUGACUUUGAGGAGAAGGGGUUCUGCCUGAAGGGCGACCUGUGCCCGCUGGACCACGGCAACUACCGCAUCGUUGUGGAGGACAUGCAGGUGAGGCGAGGGGCGUGCAGGUGCGCAGAGGGGCGUGCAGGUGCGCAGAGGGGCGUGCAGGUGUGCAGAGGGGCGUGCAGGUGCGCAGAGGGGCGUGCAGGUGGCCAGAGGGGCGUGCAGGAGAGCAAGGAGGCGUGCAGGUGUGCAAAGGGGCGUGCAGGUGCGCAGAGGGGCGUGCAGGUGCGCAGAGGGGCGUGCAGGUGCGCAGAGAGGCGUGCAGGUCAGCACAAGGCACAGGGAGGCGUACGGUCCCUGCAGCAGCUCAACCUUCCACUGCCGCCACAAUCUCUUGGAAUGCCACCAAACUCGGCCGCCCAGCCGCCGCCCGGCCAGCUGGCCGGCACUCGCCGACCGAGAGCAGAAGGCGGCAGUGGCGGCAGAGGAAGAGGAGGGGAAGGAGGGGGACGAGGAGGAGGGGAGAGCGGGGCAGGGGACGGGGGUGAGGAGCAGGAGGGGGUGGGGGUAUCGGCAGCAGUGGACGGCGGGGGAGGGGUGAUGGCAGAUGAAGGGGAGCAUUACGAUCCAGACGAGGCUCUGUGGGUGCAUGAUUCCAAGAGGGCCAAGGGCAUGAGGGAAGUGCGGGCGUACGGGGGCGAUGGGGCGGACGGGAACGGGCGCAUGCCGGGCGGACGGCGGGGUGCACCUGGGGAGGUGAGCGUGUGGGACCGGAUCGGGCCUGCUGGUGCUGGUGGGAGGGGCGGGGGAGGGGUGGGCGGUGGUGAUGGGGCCAUGGGGCCAGUCGGUGGGGAUGUGGGGAUGGAAUACACUCCUGACGGGGGAUUUAACAUGGGGUACAAUCCGCAGUUCCCAGGGAAUUUCGGGGGCGGAAUGAGGCCGGAUUUUGGAGGGAAUGGCGUGGGGGAGGAAGGGCAGGGCAUGGGACCGGGCAUGGGACUGGGCAUGGGGCAAGGAGGGUAUGAGAGGAGAGGGCCUCCAGGGGAGGGGGGCUGGCAGGGGCCGCAGCAGGGGCAGCCCGGGCGGGGGGGCAGAGGGGACUGGGGGGGAAGAGGACGGGGAGAAGGCGGCAUGGGCGGCGGGAGAGGCCGUGGGGGAGGCAGCGAGCGGAACCCCGACCAGAAAGCCCACAUGACGGUCUUUGUGAACGGCAUUCCGUCAGAGCUGACAGCAGGCAAGGGCGUGCAAGCAUCACUGAUCAAGCACUUUUCUAAGUUUGGUCCCGUGGUGGAUAUCAAGGUGCAUGGGGACAAGGGCCGUGCGUUUGUGCAGCUGGGUGCGAGGGAGCAUGCAGCAGCAGCGAUUGCAGCACCAGAUGCAGUGCUGGGGAACAGGUUUAUUAAGGUGUUCUGGGCUAACUUUGACCUGCAGCCUGAUCCUGCCUCUGCUGCUGCCGCAGCUGCGGCGACUGCGGCUGCAGCGGCUGCCGCAGCUGGUUCGGCAGGUGAAGGAGGCCCGGGAGCAGGUUCGGUGGAGGGUGGGAAAGGGAGUGGCAAGGGUGAUGCUAGUGCUGGCAAGGGUGGGGCGAGUGCAGGGGGGGCAGCGGCAGCAGCAGCAGCAGUUGACCCUGCAGAGGCAGCAGCAAAGGCGAAGGCGAAGUUGGAGGAGUUGAGAGCGAUUCAGAAGAAGAAGGAGGCGCUGCUGAGGGAGCAGAUUGAGAAGCGCCGGCUGUACCUGGAGCGACUCAAAGAGGCCAGCCAACAGAAACAGCCCGCUGCUGCUGCAGCAGCAGGUGCAUCACCAGCACCUUACAUGGGCGGCAGAGGGAGAGGGCGGGGCGGGUACGGUGGAUAUGGAGGGGGGUACCACUACGGGUGGAGCGGAGGGGGAGGGGGGGCGGGAACGGGUGCAGGGGGCGCGUGGGGGAGUAAGUUCAAGCUGGACAAUCGCACCACUGUGGUGUGCGUCACACCGCCCAUCCCCGAGGCCAUCACUGAGGCCAGCAUGCUGUGGGAGCACUUCAGUGCGUGUGGGGAGGUGGUGAGCGUGGAGGUGGAGGGCGGCGGCACAGCUGUCACGCCGACCAGCGCCGUCCGUGUGCGCUUUGCAUCUCGUCCCGUAGCGGAGUAUGCGUAUAUGAACGGGCGUGUGCUGGCAUCAGGUGAUGCACUCACCCUUGCCUGGGGGCCUCCCGCCACCACUCCCCAUACUCCCGCUGCUGCCACUGCUGCGGCUGCUGCCCCGGCUUCCCCUGCUGCGGCUGGUGCGAAGGCAGCAGGUGUUUCGCCUCUCAAGGCUGCAGCAGGCGUUUCGCCUCUCAAGGCUGAAGCAGGCGGGGUACAGAAGGCAGCAGGCGGGGUACAGAAGGCAGCAGGCGGGGUACCGAAGGCAGCUGCAGGAGCGGCCACAGCGCCAGCAGCAGCAGCAGCAGCGCCAGAGGCAGUAUCGUCUGGGGGGGCUGCGCUUACUGCUCCUCAGUCUGCUGCUAACGGCACCAAUGCUGCUGCUGCCCCUGCUGCUGCUGUUGCUGCUGCCAGUGCUGCUGCUGCCUCAGGUGCUGGCACAGCUGGUGGGGGAUCAGCAGAGGGGCAGUAG